GUCAGUGGGGUGCCCUAAAUCCUAUGGAGUGUUUAGCGCUAGGUGUCCAGCGACCUCAGUCCUGGGUCUGGCAGCCAGGCCAGAGAAAGAGUGGACCUUGCUAGGACUGGUUUGCACGUCCAGCUCGGAGCCGUUGGUGGAGCGAAUCUCUCCUUUUAACCCUUGUUGGACCUCCCUGAGGUUCGGGCUCCGUAGCUCUGCAGCCGCUAGAGCCCUUGCGGCCCGGGGAGGGGCACGGAGCCCGGUGGGCGUGAAUGAAGCCACAGAGCGCUGGAGAGGAGUCAAGGCCUGGCCCCACCCACCCUUCCUGUCCGGAGGUCAGCGCCCACACGUCGCGCGACCCCACCACAGAUGGGACUCUAAGGCCAGAAUGGCAUCUCUGGGGGACAACGCUGACUCGUCCUCUCCAGCCCCACCCUGUGCAGGGACGAAGGCGGGAGGUGGGAGUGGCGGCUGGCGGGACUCGGGGGGCGGAGUCCUCCUUAAAGCCCCGCCUCUGGCUGGGCGCGCUCUUCUUUGGCGCGCGAGCUUAGGUUAGGCUUUGAACUUGGUUCCUGGCUUCGUUCUUUGCUCUGCCUUGCUACAGGGACAAGGAUCCUCCACCCCGAGGUACGGAACCCUGUGAGCUCUUCGCUUUCCCUCGGAGCAUGAGACUGCCUGGAAGAGUAGGGGACGCGGCGGAGCUGCGCAAGAGCUUGAAGCCGCUGCUGGAGAAGCGCCGGCGCGCACGGAUCAAUCAGAGCCUGAGCCAGCUAAAGGGGCUGGUAUUGCCGUUGCUGGGUGCGGAGACUUCUCGCUGUUCGAAGCUGGAGAAGGCGGACAUCCUGGAAAUGACCGUGCGCUUCCUGCAGGAGCAGCCUGCGUCCCCUUACUCCACUGCAGUCUCGGGGCCCUUUGAUAGCUACCUCGAGGGUUACCGAGCCUGUCUGGCGCGCCUGGCCCGCGUGCUGCCCGCCUGCAGCGUCCUGGAGCCGGCCGUGAGCGCGUGCCUGCUGGAGCACCUGCGGCAGAAGACUGUCAGUGGUGGCCCGCCCUCACAGACGCCAACACCCGCCCCUGCUCCAGCUCCCUCUCUGCAGGUGCCUCCUCCCGGCAGCCCUGGCCUAUGGCGGCCCUGGUAGAGUCCUGGAUGUUCCAGGUCAGGGGCCUGGAUGGAGUAGCUGACCAAGGAAGUUCUCCGUGGUGACUGCAUCUCCCUCACUUUGAGAACAGUCUAGCACCAGCACCCUAGCAAGAAUCCGAUGCUUGUGACCUAUCUGCGUGAUGAAGACCUCAAGGGCUCAGCUGGAGGGAAAAGAGUUUCUGGGCAGGAGAGAAAGAACAAAUAAAUGUCUGCAGGGCGAGGAAGAAGCCCAGGCUUGGACUCAAUGGUUCUGGCACUGGGCCAGGCAAAGCUGCCUCAUCAGAGACACACCUGCCCUAGUGUGGGCAGUAGACCAAGCUCUGGCCUUAGAGCUCACCGGGACACCUGCUCUGAUGGGCCACUGCAUUCCCAGCCACACCUGGAUAUACUUCCAGCUCAGCUGGGCUUGUGAACCUCCCCACAAACAGAACAAUGACCUGGGGGACUUUGACCACUUUGGUGGCUCUGCAGAGCACUGAGCAGGGAAAAGGGACACCUAGGGCUUGGCAGUCACCUCCUGCAUCCUAGGCUUCCCCUCCCAGUGAUCUCUACUGCAGGUGGUGAGGACUUGCUAAUUACCCCCCCCCCCCAAGCAUUUAAGGAAGCUGGUGGCUUUGGAGGAGCGGAACCCAGCACAGACUGCAGAGCUCCAGCCUCGGAAUGGCAGGGACCCAGGAGGUAGCAGCAGGUGAAGGAACAUGAACCACCUUGCCUGCUUUGUUUGUUAGUUAAACCACUCCCUGAACCCAGGCAGCUGGGCUACUAGAAGCAACCUGUUCAGAAGUUAUUUCUCCCAAGUGGAAGCGGGAAGCCUAUGAAGACUCAGGGAAGAGGCUUCAGACCCCAGGAGUGGGUGCUCCAGAGAAAGUAGAAUUUGAACCAUGGUCAUUCCAGGCCAUGGGGAUUUGCUGAGCACUGCAGUGAGCCUGCUUCUCCCUCUGCCUGUGCUGGGGACAAGGACACUAAAGCCAAGAAGACCGACUGACCAGGGAAGGGGCAGUCACUGAUCUGCCUGAGCAUCUCUGGUAAAUCUGGGCACUGAUUUGGGUGGCAGGCGGUCGGGAAGUCGAAAGCAUUCUUUAAAAAGAAAGAAAAUCGCCGGGCGGCGGUGGCGCACGCCUUUAAUCCCAGCACU